AUGCUGGAAUUUCAACAGAAACUUGGAAAAAACAGGAAGCAAACUAAUUCAUUGAGUAAACACCGUGAGGAUGAACUCUGACUCCUGCCUUCGUCUCCGACUGAAAUCAAACUAACACUGAACAAGGAGAACAGAGAGAGAACUGAGCAACUAGACACUGAAACACAGACUGCUGCAGGAGGAAAAACAAGCAAAUCAAAGUGAAACUUCACUCUGAGACAAAAUGGCUUCCAGAUCAGACGAUGAUCUCUGCUGUCCGGUCUGUCUGGAAAUAUUUAAGGAUCCGGUUAUUCUGUCAUGUAGCCACAGCUUCUGUAAGGAGUGUCUGCAGAAAUAUUGGAGAGAGAAACCAGGAAGAGAGUGUCCAGUUUGUAAAAGGAGAUCUUCUAAAGAUUAUCCACCUUUAAAUCUGGCUCUGAAGAAUCUGUGUGAGUCUUUCUCCCAGCAGAGAGAGCAGAGAGCUUCAGAGGAUCUCUGCAGUCUGCACUCUGAGAAACUCAAACUCUUCUGUCUGGACCAUCAGCAGCCAGUGUGUGUCGUCUGCAGAGAUUCAGAAAAACACACCAAUCACAGAUUCAGACCCAUCGAUGAAGCUGCUCAGCAACACAAGAAGAAACUUCAGGAAACUCUGGAGCCUCUAAAGAAGAAGCUGGAGCUCAGGAAGAAAGUUCAGGAGGAGUUUGAUCAGACAGCAGAACACCUGAAGGUCCAGGCCCGACACACAGAGAGGCAGAUUAUGGAGCAGUUUAAGCAGCUUCAUCAGUUUCUAGCAGAGGAAGAGGAGGCCAGGCUGGCUGCACUGAGGGAGGAAGAGGAGCAGAAGAGAGGGAUGAUGAAGGAGAAGAUGGAGGCUCUGAGCAGAGAGAUAGCAGCUCUUUCAGACACAGUCAGAGCCACAGAGGAGGAGCUGAGAGCUGAAGACGUCUCAUUCCUGCACAACUACAAGGCUGCAGUGGAAAGAGUCCAGCGCUGCCCCCUGCUGGAGGAUCCACAGCUGCCCUCAGGAGCUCUGAUAGACCAGGCCAAACAUCUGGGCAACCUGGCCUUCAACAUCUGGAGCAACAUGGAGACCCUGGUGACCUACACUCCUCUGGUUCUGGACCCAAACACGGCUGGUCCAGGACUCUAUCUGUCUGAAGAUCUGACCAGCAUUAGAGUAGGAGAGAAACAGAAACUUCCUAAUAAUCCAGAGAGGAUUGAUUCCUGGAAUUCUGUUCUGAGUUCUGAUGGUUUUAACUCAGGGAACCACAGCUGGGAUGUUGAUGUUGGAGACAUUAAAGGAUGGAGAUUUGGUUUGUUAGAAGAGUCUGUUCAGAGGAAGGGAGGCAUAUGGUCUGGAUGUUUGGUUAUACAGUUCUGUUCAGGUAAUUACUCAGCAUGGGGUCCACCAGCUCCUUCCACAUUUCUCUUGGUCCAGAAGAAUCUCCAGAGGAUCAGAGUGAAUCUGGACUGGGACAGAGGAAAGCUGUCCUUCUCUGAUCUGGAUACUAACACACACAUACACACCUUCACACACACCUUCACUCACAAGAUGUUUCCAUACUUUGCCACUAGUAAUACAGUACAGAUUCUACCGAUGAAGAUCUCAGUGAUCAAGCAGCAUCUCUGAUGAUCUCAGCAUGAAGAACAGAGAGAGAAAGAACCUCUAGAUAUUGUUUCAUGUUUUUAGGGAGCUGAUGUAUAAAUAUAUGUGCAGUUUAAUUAAAAUGUGAUCAAAAUGAUCCCAGCAGAACCUACAAGUUUUCAUUUGGUUUUUGCUUCUGUUUCACAUGUUAAACGUUUGGACGUGGUUAUAAUCUUUAGAAAACAAAAUGUCACUUUGACCUGCUGUUUAGCUGUGUGCUAACAGUUUUAACAUGUGGAGUUUGUUUUGUCUGUUACAAUCAAUAAAAACAUCCCGUGUCAUACAACAGACAUUUCUUGUAUACAGUCUUUGUUGUGUUUCUUCCCUUGAAGGACAUCUAUCUGUUUGGAGGACAAAUCUCCAAUAAGGACUCCACAGCGACGUCGUCCAAU